AGUAAUCUUAUUCAGCCUGGUUUCCUUUUUCUUUCUUAUAUUAUUAUAUUAUACAUGAUUUUAAAUCCAGGAAAAUCGUAGGAACCUUCAACCUUUCAUUAUGUCAUGUUCCCCAUGUUGUGUUAUAUGUUUAUAUAUAUAUAUGCCCUUAAUUUCAAUCAUAGCUUAGUAUUCAAGAAGUGCCAUAUAUUCCUCUCUCUCUAACAUACACAAGCUAGCUCAGACAUCAAAAAUGAAGAUGUAUCAAACCAAAUCAACCUUUUUUCUGCUCUUCGUGAUCAUAUUCUCAUACUCAUUUAUAAGAUCAGUCACAGCUCAAGAAGUUGAGGAUGAGAGUGAGUUUGAUUAUCAAAAAGGUAAUAAGGGACCCCAUCGUUGGGGAGAGAUUAAAAAAGAAUGGUCUGCCUGUAAAAAAGGAGGAAUGCAAUCUCCCAUUGAUUUGUCUAAUCAAAGGGUUAAGAUUAUUCCAAAUAAGCUAGGCAAGGUCACAAAAAGUUACAAGCCUUCAAAUGCCACCCUUAAAAAUAGAGGCCAUGAUAUUUCGCUCCAAUGGGACAUAGGUAAAGCAGGGUCAAUCAAAAUCAAUGGCACUGAGUAUUUCCUUCAUCAAUGCCACUGGCAUUCACCUUCUGAGCACACCAUUAAUAACAGAAGUUAUGAUAUGGAGUUGCAUAUGGUUCAUAUGAGCAAAGAUAACAAACUUGCUGUGAUUGGUGUUCUCUACAAGCUUGGUUGUCAUAAUGUUUUCCUAUCAAAGUUGAUGAGUCAUAUAACAAGUAUGGCCGAUACACAUGAAGAAAAACAUUUGGGUAUGAUUGACCCAUCACAGAUAAAGCUUGGACAUAAGAAGUAUUAUAGAUAUAUGGGAUCACUAACUGUUCCACCUUGUACAGAAGGUGUUAUUUGGACCAUUAGCAAGAAGGUAAGGACGGUCUCAAGAGAGCAAGUAAAGCAACUUCGAGUGGCUGUUCACGAUUAUGCGGAACAGAACGCAAGGCCUCUACAACCAAUCCAUAGUAGAGAUAUUCACUUGGUUGACGGUGUAAUUUCAAAAGGCAAAAAUUAGUUAUUUAAAAUUAAUUGAUAUGAUAUUCUCGGUAGGUUUAUCAACCUGAUUUUUUUAUUUCUUUUUUUUUUUGAUAUUUAUCUGUAGUCUUUGAGGAAAAAAAAAAACAUCAUGUUAUUCCGUAGACACAUUAUGUAUAAUGAUAUUAUUGUUUUAUACAUUAAUUUUAAUUGUAGUUAAUUUUAU